UAGUACAUUUAAGCGCAGUUGAUUGCGCGCGCAUUUGUUUUAAAUUAACAAGGCAACACCAGAUCCAUACCUAAGUAAUCUUUCAUGUAAUAUCUACUUUGAGGCAUGUUCUUAGCUGUUGGGCUGGAAAAUUUCUAUAUCAAUCACUCAUAGUAUCAACGAUUUGCCAUCAAACAUUUCGUUUCCUUUGUGUUAAUGACCCCUCUUUUGUGCGUAAUGAAUCUUUGAUCUUUGAUAUCUUUGAUACUUCAUCUGAACUCAUGUUAUGUUGGAACUGUUCAAAGGCACGUUGACAUCAGUCAGAGUUGACAGCGCAGUGAUGGCGUUUUUGCACAGAUGUGCAGGUUGUUUUGACUUUUCCUUCUUUAUUCUUUUAAAGGCAGUUACAUGCACACUUUAGAGGUCAUAUAAAUUUACACCUGGCUAUCGAUUAAGCGAAAGUCUAAACCCAAGUAUAAUGGUAUAAACCAAGUCGCAAAUCAAGUACAAGAGACUUUUUGGCAUCAACUAACGCACACACCUUGAAGUCUUGUCUCUCUCUCUCUCCCUCUGCCUCGCGUUCUCUAUCGAGCACCGCCCCCUUUCUUUUCCUUUUUCCUCCUUGGCUUCCACCUGCUUCACACUAGAGAUUCGCCAGAGCGCGUCAGUGCGCGUAAACCCCGGGGAACGGAACGGAUCGGUACACAGUGCGCAUCCCUCUUCACCAUCCAACUGCACUUUUCUUUUCCUCGUUGCGCACUCAUCUCCACAAUGUUGCUUUCUGCACUUUUAUCAUAAUCCAUCAAUGGAUUAAACGCGUGGAUGCAGAUGAAACCGAUCAUCAAAGAAGACAGAAGAAGAGGAUCAAACGAUCAAGGAGUUAUGUUUCAAACAGUCAUCUAUAAAGGGCUCCAUUAGCAUAUGUCAAGAGGGCAUUUACAUAAGGGCCAUAUUUAGGCUGCUGCUUCAGAACAGAGCCAGUCACAUCCAGAGAGCACAAGAGGAGAGAAGCCGCAUAAGCUUGUGUGCUGGAGUGCGUAAGAGAGAGUAUUGGAUACGCAGGGGACCGGAGCAAAGGGGAGUAGCCUGGAAGGUCGAGAGAGCAUGUGCUAAACCGAGAGGGAGCGAGCGAGAGAGAAUCGGAUGUAAACACGCAUUGACUGUCAAAGCCGCAAGCAGUGACUGCGCAAAACACUAGGGAAAGAGAAACCACAGGGGCUCUCCUCACGGCAACUUUUCUUCGACUGUCGGUGAUGGGUGCAAUCGGUGAGCUGGUGGGCAGCUUCUCUCACGGCUUUGAGAGCUUUGCGCACGGGUCUCAUUUCGUCCUCACGCCCCCCGGGGACUCCGGUGCUCUGAUGAACGAGCACAUCGUCUCCGCCGAGCGCCUGUCACGCAGCACUUCACCGGACCUGACGCAUCUGAAAGGGAUCCUCCGCCGGCGGCAGCUCUACUGCAGGACCGGCUAUCACCUCGAGAUAUUACCGGACGGUUCGGUGCAAGGCACGAGAAAAGACCACAGCAGAUUUGGUAUAUUGGAAUUCAUUAGCCUCGCUGUGGGGAUGGUGAGCAUCCGUGGUGUGGAUAGCGGAUUGUAUCUGGGAAUGAACAGCAACGGCGAACUGUAUGGAUCUGAUAAGCUGACAGCGGAGUGUGUGUUCAGGGAGCAGUUUGAGGAGAACUGGUACAACACUUACUCUUCUAACCUGUAUCGACACGGCGAGCGAGGAUCUCAUUAUUACGUAGCCCUCAACAAAGACGGAACGUCUCGAGAUGGAGCCCGCUCUCGGAGGCACCAGCGCUUCACGCAUUUCUUGCCGCGGCCUGUGGAUCCAGAGCGCGUUCCUGAGCUUUACAAGGAGAUACUAGGUCACAGUUGAAACCACUGAACCUCACACUCAAACCUAAAAAAAAAAAAAAAGCACCUGCAUGCUCUUUAUCCCCCCCAGACAGACCUGUCUCAGGAGAAAGCAGUGCAGAUGGGGGGGAAAGAGGCCCUCUUCUGCGGCCAAGGUUGGAGCAAAUGCAGGAGAUGGAAAGCCCUUGACUGCAGUGGCAGGAACCAAAUGUCUGGACUCUGGAUAGUUCCUGAAGAACAGAACACUGCUUAGGAUCCAUUCACCUGCUAUAUGUAGGGAUUUUGGAUUAAAAGAGAACAAAUUACCACUGGUGGACCUCUCACCAGAGAAUAAUGGACAUCUACUACUACUGAAAAUUCUAGAAGGCUUCUGAAGGAAUUCUGCGAAAUGCUUUUGAGAUUUCAUACUCUUCCAAACACUGGCAUGGACAAGCAGGAGACAUAAACUCCUCCAAACAUUUCUCUUUAGGUCCUUUAAUUUAUGUUUUUUAAAGAUAUUUAUUUUAUAUAUUUAUUUAUUUUGAAAGUAUAUUUUUACAAGAAUAUAUGCAAGAUGUAACAGGACGUCAUGAGAGCUUUAUUUUCUACCACUAUAGAGACAUGACUUCUAGAGAUAGAACUACUGAAGAAAGUAUUUUCUUAUAUGAGUUGUUAAUUUUCGGUUGUAUGUGAUCCACCUUGGUGUCCCCCCGUUUUUUUGUUUAUCUCUCAUGUCAUUAAACCAGAUCCUUAAGAGCCUGAGAAUGUUCCAGAAUUCACUGGGGAAUUAAACAGUUCAAAUGAU